AUGGCUCGGGUGCUUUCGGCAGCCUUGGCCUUAGGGUCCCUGGGUUUCUGCCUGGGCGACGCCGUGGAGGCCGACUGUAAGGAAGGAGACGGCCAGGGCCUUGCUUUCAUCCAGGCCAAGGCAGUUGCGCGAGAGCCACCCGCAAAGGCACCUGUGGAGUAUCAUUGGGGCUCAGGACGCGGCAACUUCCCACAGUACGGUGUGUCCCCCGCCACUUUUUCCCCAAAGCUCUCCAAACAGAUAGCGUGGACCUGGUCUCACCCUAUGGGGAGGUUCGCGACUUUGACCUACGGAACGGCCAUCGACCACAUGCGGAAUAUCUACCUCUCUGGGGCUGAUGGAGUGCGAAAAUUUGACGAGUCCGGCAAGCAGCUGUGGGA